UCGUAUUUAUAACUGAUACAUUGACUUAAUAGUUACACUAUGUUGCAUAUUAUCCUGAGCUUUAAUUAAGCCAAUCGUGUUGCCGCCACACAUUCUGAAUGUAUAGCAGUUAUAGCUCAAUGCUUUACAACAAAACGAUGACGUCAAAGUUAUGUCUACUUGAAGUGAAACCCCAUGAAAUAUUCGACUAGUUUUCCGGAGAGAGCUACCUGCUAAUGACGUGUUAUCUAGUCGGUUGCGGUAUCUGGGAGAUCGUAGAGUUAAUAAUUGCAACGAGUUGCACCUGUUGUGCUUAAAGGGAAGCUAGGAGGCCACCGUUCUUCACAACGUGUCUUUAUUUCACAGUUCUAGUUUGCACACUUGAAGAAACUGAAAAUCGGGUUCUGCUUGCCUUUUAAUGAUAUAAAAUUCCGCUUUCCCGUGAGCAUUAUCGGUUGGAAACAGCGGCUGCUCCGACUAAAGAGUUAAAGCUUCCUGCAUCUCGUGGGCUAUGCGUCUGCUCCUUCGUCGCCGCAUCACCCCCCUGAAGCUGGUGCUAAUUGGAAGCACAGUCUUCCUGGUUGCCUUGGUAGUGCUGCAGCGUGAUAUUGGGUUUAGGAACCAGCCGGACCCCUGGUUCCAGGACCUGGUGCAACGCAAAGAGCGAGUCAUGGGUAUAGUUAGGGGAGCAGUCCAGAUGUUCCAAAUCGGAGCUCCGCAGCCUCUGCCGCCAGAGCUCCAGCCUACAUCUGAUGUCCACUGCCCUCCUGGUUUUUACAGCCAGUCAGAGCUUAGGCCUCACCUUGAAAGGCCCCCCCAGGACUCGCUAGCCAUGGGGGCGGACGGUAAGGCAUUCUCUGAAACCAAGCUGUCGGCUGCUGAGGAAAAGGAGAAAGAAGCGGGCAUGACCAGGCACUGCUUUAACCAGUUUGCCAGUGACCGCAUUUCGCUCCACCGAAGCCUUGGUGAAGACACUCGUCCCCCAGAGUGCGUGGAAAGAAAGUUCCGCCAUUGCCCCCCCCUUCCCACCACGAGCGUGAUCAUAGUCUUCCACAACGAAGCCUGGUCCACACUAUUGCGCACUGUGUACAGUGUGCUUCACACUUCUCCGGCUGCCUUGCUCACCGAGAUCAUACUGGUUGACGACGCGAGCACAGCAGAACACCUGAAGGAUCGCCUGGACAAAUAUGUGCGUGCCCUAAAGAUAGUCCGCGUUGUGCGCCAGCUGGAGAGGAAAGGUCUGAUCACAGCCAGACUUCUGGGUGCCAAGGAAGCCCAAGGAGAGGUGCUCACCUUCCUGGAUGCCCAUUGUGAGUGCUUCCAUGGCUGGCUGGAGCCCCUGCUGGCUCGCAUUGUGGAGGAGCCCACAGCAGUGGUGAGCCCCGAGAUCACCACCAUUGACCUCAACACCUUCCAGUUUAACAAGCCCGUGGCCACAGCCCGCGCGCACAACCGUGGAAACUUCGACUGGAGCCUGACCUUUGGCUGGGAGGGCAUCCCCGAGCAUGAGCAGCAGCGGCGAAAAGACGAGACGUACCCUGUCAAGACUCCAACCUUUGCUGGUGGUCUCUUUUCAAUCUCAAAGUCCUACUUUGAAAAAAUUGGAACCUACGAUGACAAAAUGGAAAUAUGGGGGGGUGAGAAUGUGGAGAUGUCUUUCAGGGUUUGGCAGUGUGGUGGCCAACUGGAGAUCAUCCCAUGUUCAGUAGUGGGCCAUGUGUUCCGGACCAAGAGCCCCCACACCUUCCCCAAAGGCACAGAGGUAAUCACACGCAACCAGGUACGCCUGGCCGAAGUCUGGAUGGACGACUACAAGAAGGUGUUUUAUCGCCGCAACCAGAAUGCUGCACUCAUGGCCAAAGAGCACAAUUAUGGAGACAUUUCUGAUCGCUUGAAGCUGAGGGAAAGUCUACAUUGCAAAAACUUCACUUGGUACCUGGAGAACAUCUACCCAGAGAUUUUCAUCCCGGACUUGUCCCCAGUCCAAUUUGGAGCGAUUAAGAACUCAGGCUCACAGAGUUGUCUCGACGUGGGGGAAAACAACAAUGGAGGAAAGCCCCUGAUCAUGUACACCUGCCACAACAUGGGUGGAAACCAGUACUUUGAGUAUACAUCCCACCAGGAAUUGCGGCACAACAUUGGGAAGCAGCUGUGUCUGGAGGCUUCCGCCGAGUCCAUGCCUGUCAAGAUCGAGCUCUGUGCUCUUAAGGGCCGGGGCACCAAUGUCAUCCCCAGCCAGAUGUGGAAGUUCACAGAGGACAACCUUUUGCUAAACCCACCUUCUGGAAAGUGCCUGGCCUUAAAGGAACAUCAGAUUGUAAUGAGCCACUGUAACCCUGCUGACUUCAACCACCACUGGGGAUUCAGCUAAUGAUGGACAGAAAACGUCUAAAGGAGAAGUGCCCCGAAAGUCCCCCUCCCUUAGGACUCUUUGCAGAAGGGACACACCCCCUGCCGUUUCUGCCUGAUGUAGGCAGUUGGAAAGCACUGGACUCCAAGGAAGAACCAAUGGCUGUGUUGAAUAGGAACACAGUAGAUUGUAUAUUGUGGGAAAAGUGAGCUGGGUGGUUUUUUUUUAUUUAUGAAUUUUGUUUGGAGAAGAUGGGGAGAAUUAUUGUUAUCAGAAGGCAGCUCCACCUGUCAAAUGACCGACCACAUUUACUUACGUUAUGUUUUUGUGUGAGCUUCAGAAUCAUUGGCAAAAAUUUGAUCCAUCUCUGCUAUGAUCUCUUAUUCAGAAAACUAAUGAUUGUAAGUGCCUUUAUCUGAAAGUUUCAAAUUAUUAGUCAUUAUUCAGGUUUUCCCAUUUCUGUACUGUGGGGGUGGAAGGCAGGGUCAGUUUGUGCUGACGAAAGCCUGAUGAGAAACUUGUGUCCUCUAUGUGGAAAUAAGUUUUCUCUAAAGCUGCGGUCUUUGCUGGUGUUAAUUCUACCCCUGCUCUUAAAUGAUUCAUGACUUCUGUGUUGCUGGCCUGGCUAUGAAUUGAUUGUUUUAUAGUGAAAGAGGUUAGUAUUAAGCCAAAGAUACUUGCUAGGAAGCUUUUUAUGGGUAUAUUUGCUGCCGUCCCACUCCCCCCAAUUAAAUGGCGAAUUAAAAUGUGAAGGGAAUAA